AGACCAUCGGGGUCAAACCCUCUCCCCUCCUCCACCCCCCACUAGAGCAGGACCCCCCUAACCCUACCUCUAGCCUCCCAGACCUGCCCUGCCAUGCUGGAGCCCCUGACCCUGCCGUGUGUCCUGCCCCCUGGCCCAGAGGAGAGGCUCCUGGCCCAGGCUCCCGGGCUCCAGCUGGACCAGGGGACGGAGGACAGCGCUGCCCGGCUGAAACGGUCCUUCUCUCUGGACAUCAAGUCGUACAGGGAGCCAGGAGGCGGCAGCAGCGCCCCCGUGAGGCCGUACCCCCACCCUACAUCCCACCCCGGAGCCCAGGAGUAUUAUAAUCCAUCCGGGAGCUUCAAGGAGCCUGCUGGGAAACCGUGUCAGUUCUCUCCCGUGAAGGAGAUGUCAGAGCAGUCGACACCSGAGCCGAGCCCUGACAAGGAGCAGGAAGACGGUGCCGCAGACCCUGCUGCUCCUGUAGUCUCCACCACAAGCAGCACCACUACCAGUACCACUACCAGUACCACCACCUCCAACCAGCCCAGCAUGAAGCAGCCCAGCCAGGCUACGCCUCCUCCGCCUCCCCUCUCCUGUUCCCAGCCGCUCCACCGAAGCGGCAGUAUGGAGGAGAGCUCUAACCCCACGCCUAACCACACUCCUCACACCACCGGCUUCCUGUUCGGCCUAUCACGUUCCCAGCAGCACCUGUCCAAGCCCGCCCCUAACCUAGGCUCCGCCCUGAAGGGCUGGCACUCCGACAUCCUAUUGGGUCCCGUCACCGUGUCGUCGGGGGGAUGGUACCUCUCCGAGUCGCACCGCUUCUACUCCACCUCCGCCAUCUUAGGAGGCGGGGCCAACAUUCUWGGGGGUGGCAGCGUGGCGGCGUACAGCGUGAGUCAGGGGUUGGAGGAGGUGCGGCGGCGCGGGCGGCAGAGGAACGGCGACCGCGGGGACUCGCGGAGGAGCUGGCACGAGGAGAGCACCUUGGAGAAGCAGCUGAAGAGAUGGAGCUGUCAGAUGGAACUGGGAGACAGGAUGAGAGGAGGAAGGGAGACGAGAUCCAGGGAAGAGAUGGGGAGUCACAGCAGCUUCUCAGGAAGCAUGGAGCUCAUAGAGGUGUCCUGAGAGGGACAAUYUGGCCUCCAGUCCGCKKCCAUUACGGAAURGUUGAUUUGAAUGGAGACGUCCGUUCUAGGGAGUAUAACAUCCCCAGAUCAGACCCGUGUUGAGGGACUUGUUCUGCACGCGUCUUAUUAUCCCACUAGGGACUUGAACCUUGAACUGAUCUAAGCGGCUCUAUGUGUACUUGUGUCGCGACAGUUGGCAUUAAUGUAGUUUGAACUUUGACCUGGAAGCAGAAAGCAGCUGUGUGAUGAUGAUGAAUGGCUAUAUGAAGAGGUGAACUCUGAGAGGACUGAGACAAACUGAGUCUUUUGUUUCAUUUAUUUCUGAUUGUUGAUGAUCGUCGUCAACAGCAGUAGAUGUCUGCCUGGCGUUGGAUACAUGGAGCUUUUAUGAAGCCUUAAGAAGUCUUUAUGAAGCGUUAUGAAGUCUUUAUGAAGCCUUAAGAAGUCUUUAUGAGCCUUAUGAAGUCUUUAUGAAGCUUUAUGAAGUCUUUAUGAGCCUUAAGAAGUCUUUAUGAAGCCUUAAGAAGUCUUAUGAGCCUUAUGAAGCUUUAUGAAGCCUUAUGAGUCUUUAUGAAGCCUUAUGAAGUCUUUAUGAAGCCUUUAGAAGUCUUUAUGAAGCCUUAAGAAGUCUUUAUGAAGCUUAAGAAGUCUUUAUGAAGCCUUGAAGAAGUCUUUAUGAAGCCUUAAGAAGUCUUUAUGAAGCCUUAUGAA